CGGCCGGCAGCGCACUGCCCUGCCCUCCGCCUUCCUGUCGCAGCCGCUUGGAUCCUGUGGUCCGCGAGUGCUUGCUGUGACCCCGCAGCGCGUCACCCCCCUGCCCGCCCGCCCUCCUUCCCUUGUCGCCUCUGCCAGCCCGGAGGGCGGCCGGGCGCACCGCGCCCACCCACCGGGGCCCUGGGACCAUGGAGGACGUGAAACUGGAGUUCCCCUCGCUCCCGCAGUGCAAAGACGACGCCGAGGAGUGGACUUACCCUAUGAGACGAGAGAUGCAGGAAGUUUUGCCUGGAUUGUUCUUAGGCCCAUACUCUUCUGCUAUGAAAAGCAAGCUACCUAUACUUCAGAAACAUGGCAUAACUCAUAUAAUUUGCAUACGGCAAAAUAUUGAAGCAAACUUUAUUAAACCAAACUUUCAACAAUUAUUUAGAUAUUUAGUUUUGGAUAUUGCUGAUAAUCCAGUUGAAAACAUAAUACGUUUUUUUCCUAUGACUAAAGAGUUUAUUGAUGGAAGCUUACAAAAUGGAGGAAAAGUUCUUGUCCAUGGGAAUGCAGGUAUCUCUAGAAGUGCUGCCUUUGUCAUUGCAUACAUCAUGGAGACGUUUGGGAUGAAAUACAGAGAUGCGUUUGCUUAUGUCCAAGAAAGGAGAUUUUGUAUUAAUCCUAAUGCUGGAUUUGUCCACCAACUUCAGGAAUAUGAAGCCAUCUACUUAGCAAAAUUAACAAUACAGAUGAUGUCACCACUCCAAAUAGAAAGGUCCUUAGCUGUUCAUUCUGGUACCACAGGUAGUGUGAAGAGAACACAUGAGGAAGAUGAUGACUUUGGAAACAUGCAAGUGGCAACCGCACAGAAUGGCUGACCUGUGAGAACUGUUAAUUGCACAGGUUGGCUGACCUAUGAGGACUGUUACAUGGGUGUGAGCUUCCAUCUGGAAAGGAGAGGAUCCUAGUGAUGAUAAUGUGAAAUGGUAAACACUCAAAUACUUUCUUUUCAAUUAUACAUUGCUUCCAGACAUGUUUCUCUGCAACACUUUAAGAUGUUGGACUUAUGCAGUAGAUGGCACUGAUAGGUGAUGGGUUUACUUAAAAAAAGAAAGAAACAAAAAACCUUUAUGGUUUUAUUAUAAACCAAGAAUUUUGGACUUGCAAAGAGGUAUUAUUGCAAUAAUGCACUUUUCAUACUUGAAAUUUAUUUGUAUGAUAUAAAGUUAUUACUUUAAACAAAAUACAAGUUAGGGGGAUUUGUUUAUAGAUUUUGGAUAAUUUAUAACAAAAAAAUUCCUAAUGUUUCCUAAAAACUCAUUUUGUGUUAUAUAUAUUACAUUUAAAGUAAUUUUACAGUUCAAUU